AACGUGCCUUCACAAUUCACUUGAGUCGUUUGUUAGCUUGAUUAGCCAGCCGCGGUGACGUAGCUAGCCAGGCUAACCUUUUCUCUUAAAGGACAUUCAUUUGUAAAUUCGUCAAAAUACCAAACUCAAGCUAAUUACAUUUUUGCUGUUUUCCCUCCGCGGGGGUCGACAUUAACUUGUACAAAAGAAAUGCACACAAAGGCUUGUUAGCUACAAUAAUUAGCCGGCUUGCUAGCUAUGCUGUAAAUAGUUAGCAUACCGGUAGUUGUUAGCCCCAGAAGACCACCGCUGCACGCUCACCUGGACCGGUAGCGCCAGAACGGUUAACCAAUGCAAACGUAUCCGCGUACUUUACCCCAUUUGAUUGAUUCUAUUUAUGUCCAGGUUAUCACAAAGGUCGUUAACUAUAGGCAUGUUUUGCCAGUCCAAACUAAACAUAAUUCAGUCCCUUUUGGACAGGCGUCCUCGUGAAGAUUAAGGUUAACCCUGAAGCUACAAUUUACUCUUCCAAUAGCAAUUCAGUGGAAUCGGAGCCUUCACUAUGCAGUUGUGCUUAAUUUACUUUUUGAAAUACUCCAUCGGUUCCAAACCAAUCAAGCACAGCGCAUAUAAAGGAUAUUAUCUAAAAGCUUUUGAGAGAAGAUUAACAGAAUACGUCUCCUGUUUGCAACCUGCAACUGGGAGGUGGCGAAUGAUUCUAAUAGUGGUCUCUGUUUGUACUGCAACUGGAGCCUGGAACUGGUUGAUAGACCCUGACACACAGAAGGUGUCUUUCUUCUCAUCGUUGUGGAACCAUCCGUUCUUCACCAUCAGCUGCAUCACUUUGAUCGCUCUGUUCUUUGCUGGAAUACACAAACGAGUCGUUGCACCAUCAAUUAUUGCAGCUCGCUGUCGGACAGUUUUAGCGGAAUACAACAUGUCCUGCGAUGAUACGGGGAAACUAAUUCUUAAACCACGGCCACACAUCCAAUAACCACAAACUUGGAGAGGUGGGGAAAAAAAAUUUCUUAAUGACUAUGUUGAUUCCCACUGAAAGACAGACUGACACAAGGACCAGAAUCCUGUUUGGAGGAUCUGAAACAAUGUAAGAAGGAAGGAGAUUGGGGAAAUACAGAGGGGUGAUUAUGUUGUGCUCCAUUACGUAUUAAUGAAGGAUUGUGAGGGGAGAGGACAUCAAACGCCUUUUUAACAGCAUCUCAGUCAGUGUUAUGGUUUCCCUUAAAGCUGCUUCUGGGCUCACACACCCUUUGACAUAACUCAUUCGCCAUGAGUUCAGAUGUAUUUAUUUCUAAUGAUGACAUGCAUUUGUUUUAGACAAAUCUUUCUAUUUUUAAACUAAUUGUUAUAUACCUAAUAAAUACUUGUAUGAAAUGUG